AGGGAGGUAGGGAGGUAUUGAGAGAGAGAGAGAGAGAGAGAGGGAGGGAAGGAUCAGUGCGCAGACAAGCGGCGGAGCGUCUCUGCGCGACCGCUCGUCUCAACGACACACAGGACAGGACGAGGAAGAAGAGGCGGAGAGAGAGAGGAUCUUAGUCCUUAGUGUGGGGAUCUGCAGCAAACACACGGUGUGAAAAUGACGAUGUCCGUCCCGGAGAGGAAAUCAGGAUCUGAGGGGAAGGAGGAGGAGAGCGAGGAUGAGAGUGAAAUCCUGGAGGAGAGUCCGUGCGGCCGCUGGCAGAAGCGCAAAGAGCAGGUCAGCCAAGGAAAUGUCCCGGGGGUGGAGAGUGCGUCUUUGGCCAUGGACACAGAGGAGGGAGUGGAGGUGGUGUGGAACGAAGUGCUCUUCUCUGACAAGAAGGUCUUCAAAGCUCAGGAGGAGAAGAUCAAGGAGAUGUUUGAGAACCUGAUGCAGGUCGAACACCCAAAUAUUGUCAAGUUCCACAAAUACUGGCUGGACAUGAAGGAGAGCCAGGCUCGAGUUAUAUUCAUCACAGAGUACAUGUCGUCAGGCAGCCUGAAGCAGUUCCUGAAGAAAACUAAGAAGAACCACAAGUCUAUGAAUGUGAAGGCCUGGAAGAGAUGGUGCACGCAGAUCCUCUCAGCUCUCAAUUAUCUGCACUCUUGCGACCCCCCAAUAAUCCAUGGCAACUUGACAUGUGACACCAUCUUCAUCCAGCACAACGGUCUCAUCAAGAUCGGCUCAGUUUGGCAUCGGCUUUUUGUUAAUGUGUUUCCAGACGCCAGCAUCCACGGUAAAGGGAGGCAACACCGCGACGAGCAGAGGAAUCAGCAUUUCUUUGCUCCAGAAUACGGAGCUUGUGAAGAUGAUUAUGCCAUGGACAUUUUCUCAUUUGGCAUCUGCGCUCUAGAGAUGGCAGUACUGGAGAUCCAAGCCAAUGGAGACACAGCUGUCUCCAAGGAGGCCAUCGUCCACGCAGGUCAAUCUCUGGAAGACCCCCUCAUGAGAGAGUUCACGCAGUCGUGUCUGCGUCACGAAGCCAAGCUGCGUCCGACAGCUCACGACCUUCUGUUCCACCGUGUCUUGUUCGAGGUGCACUCCCUCAAACUGCUCGCCGCCCACUGCCUCAUCAAUAACCAGUAUUUGCUUCCAGAAAACUGUGUGGAGGAGAAAACCAAGUCCUUUGACCCCAGCGCUGUCAUGGCCGAGAUUAAACACGAGGACAGACAGGGAGUUCAGCUCAAAUAUUCCCACGUGUCGCCGUUGGAGCUCGACAAGUUUCUGGAGGAUGUGAAGAAUGGGAUUUACCCGUUAAUGAACUUUGCUUCGUCUCGGCCUCAUCCCGUCCCUCGCGCCCUGUCCUUGUCGCAGGAGCAGGUGGAGACAGUGAAGACGCCGACGCCUGAGCCACAGGAAACGGAAACGAGGAAGGUCGUCCAGAUGCACUGUAACUUGGAUUCAAAUGAAGAAGGGACCAAAACUCACCUGUCGUUGUUCUUAAAGAUGGAUGACAAACUUCACAGGCAGCUCAGCUGCGACAUCCUCCCAACUGACACCUCCAAAGACCUCGCCAGUGAACUCGUUCACUAUGCCUUCAUAACUGAGGAGGACAGUGAGAAGGUGGCGGGUUUCCUGGAGGACGCCAUCGGCCGACACCGGGUCCGAGCGCUCGCUGCUGGGAGCACACAUUGAGGAGGGGUCGUGACAACGUCUGACCUUGAACUGGGGGUCAUGGGGCGUUGACCACUCUGAUCAAGAAAGGGAGAGGGCAGUGGGCAGGGUCACACAGCCGGGAACAGAAGGGAGCCGAUAGGAGCCUGACCCAGCUGGGGGAUUAAAUGGGGACAAAUAGAGAAGGACGCUGGGCCUUGAUGGUCAGUAAACCACAACAGAGCGACGGAGGAAAACGAAGGCACCUCUGGUCACAGCACCAGAGGCAUCAUGGCUGUGUUCAGCAGUCCCACAACGCAGUGGAAGAUUGACACACCCCCCCUCCCUAAAAGGGCUACCACACCUUAAUAUAUUUCAACAGCUUAGGUUUUCCGUAAUGCCACCAAUCCGAAAGCCUAUGGUUUACUUACAAAAACGCAGCAGCUGUUUUCAGAGAGUGUUUUUAUUGCUCAUAAGCCUUGUUUGCACUCCACUGUCCACACUGAUUGGUGAAGACAAAAAUCCCUAUUUUCCGAGCCAAUACUCCGUCACAGUUUCAUCCAUCCUGCACUGUUCACACUCUUUCUGCUGAAUUAUUUAUUUCUCUUAAACUGUGAACAAUACACAAGCACUGCACCGCACCAUCCUGUUUUUUCUUCAUUCUAGGGUUUUCCAAGAUAAAAAAAGACACGCCACGCUUAAAUGUAAUGCAAUCAACCAGUGAUGAUCAAUGAGAUGAUGCCUCUCUUUCAGCCUGUUGUGCUCUUAAGGGUUUUUUCCCUGUGAAAAUGUUCUGAAAGCCAAAGACUUGCAAAGUGCCUACUAUGGCAGUGUAGUUUGGACACGGCAUCACAAUCAACUUAGCAAUUGGGGAUUUUAUUUUUUUUCUCAGUUUAAACUAAUUAAAAACCAGAUUUGGACUCUCAUCUCUUACCACCAGUACACUAAGUCGGCUUGUGUAAAUAUGAUGAACUUGAAUGUAUAUUGGACAUAUUAUGAAUCAAAUGUUAACGCUCUCUGCUGCAGUUCAUUGUAGUUUAGGAAGAGCUGCAGCUUUUGAGGAAAAUAAACUGGAAGACAUCAUGAUAAGUCCCUGAUUUCUUAAAGUCUAGUAAUGCGGAUAUGAUCUUAAACUCAUAAAUACAAUACAAAACGAUGAUUGUUAUUGCUAUAAUUGUUUCCCCCCCAAAUGAUCAGAAAAUAUUGCAUUAGAUUGAAUUAGUUUUAAAGGUUUCGAGUUGCAUCAAAUUUCUUCGACUUUUGCCACCACUGGAGCUCUCCUGAAAGAGUUGGUGACAAGUUGGUCAAAUUCUCUCCUGUAAAGGGUUCAACUAGGUUGAGAUAUGGCGACUGAAGACAAUAGUAUAUAAUUCACAUCAUUUUUAAUCUCUACAAACAUUAAUUGACCCCUUGUGCCAUAAGAAUGGGGGCAUCGUCCCUCUGGAAGAGACCCCUCCCAUCAGGAUACACACAUUUCCAAAUAGGUUAUAGCUGAUUUCUUUGUUUUUCUAAGCGAGACAAGAAAAACCUGCUCUGCCUUCAGAGCAUGUCUGGAUGUUUACUUGCUUCUACCGCACACAGAGCGCAUAAUGUAUGUUAUGCAUUCAGCAGCAUUUCUAUGGGCUGCUCCAACUGUAUUAUGUCCAUUCUCCAUAACCACGUCUACUGUACUUCUCUGUCAGACAAUGGCGGGAGUGAACCUUGGAAUGAAUUGCACUGCGGCCCACGCAAACACAGAAGUGGAUCACAUUUCAAAAUCUGCCAGAUUGUUUCGUCAGAAACCAAAUUGUUGCACCAUAAAGGGCAGCCAUUUGGGUGCAUUUGUCCUAACCAAAACUCAAAAGGCAGAAAAACUAGAGUGAAUUGUCUGAUUGACCUUCAGGAGUACACUCUUGUUUGCGAGACUCUGCUUCGUGUUUUCCUGGAUGUGUAAAGUCGCAGUUUCACAACAGUCACGCUGCUGUACAGCUUGCUUACAGUACUUACUCACUAUACUCUGUGUCGAGCCUUUUUUCAAUCACCAUGUCCUUCACGACAAAGGCCCUGGAAUCUCCCGGACAUCCACCUACUAUGAGCUAUGUGGUGUACAUAUUUGUUUGUGGCUAUUAAAAGAGUUUACUUUGGACAGAAAGAAUCUCAAAGCGAAGGUGUGCCAACAAUCUAGAAAGCUGCAUGUCUUAAUAGCCUGAAACAUUCAAAACUUAGCAUUUUAUCAAGAAAUGAAUGUUUAGACCGUGCAAACAUGACACAAAAAAAUCCAUAUCAGUCUUACAUGAUGACAGAUUAAUUUUUUUGUCCCAUGACUAUUGAAUGAAACUUGCCUUUGGAUGUGUUCCACUUAAACCUUUGUUUAAUAUUGUUGGUUCUGCAAUGAAAAACAUGAUAAUAAACUUAAUGUGAGAUGUUGA